UUAGAGGAAGUGUGCAAAAAGAAGUGGAAGACACUGAGGGAUAGGUACAGGAAGGAGAAGCAGCAGGAGAAGGAGGCUAAAAGAAGCGGUGCAGGGUCUUCAGGGGGAUACAAGCCCUGGCGUUUCGCGGCAAUCAUGAGUUUUUUAAACCCAUUCAUGAUUGACCGCGAGACGUCCAGCAAUGUCCCCCGGAAAACCCUGCCUCCAUCCACCCUAGACGAGAGCCAGGAAAGCCAGCCAGGUGGCAGUCAGCCAGGUGGCAGUCAGCCAGGUGUCAGUCAGCCAGGUGUCAGUCAGCCAGGUGCCAGUCAGCCAGAUGCCAGUCAGCCAGAUGCCAGUCAGCCAGCAGAGGCAGGACAGACAGGACAGGAUGCAAGGGGUUCGUUCCGGAGGAAAAGGGCAAAGGAGAUGUCCUCCUUCGAACAGAAUUUGCUGUCUGCCGUCGCUCCAAUUCUGGCCAUGCCAUUGGUGGUGGAGGAGGAUGAGGACAUGUUAUUUUUCAGAAGUCUCUUGCCCACCAUGAGACUGAUGUCGAGAGCAAAGAGGCUGCGAGUCAGAUUUGCAUUAUACAAGGUAGUUUUAGAGGCAGACCAGGAGGAGGAGUAAAUACUAUUAAAUAC